AUGUAUUUUAUAGAUUGGUUAUCCUGGACCGAAAAAGAUUUGAAGGACAUAUAUCUUUACGAACAAUUAGUGCGUACAGUCGGAACCGAAAUAGACAUACGUAAAAGACAACAACUAUUUAUCAUAGAAGAUUUGAUACAUAAAAAAUCAACUGACAGGAGAAGUCCAACAAUAUCGAGUGGAAGUUUAGCAGAAGGAAUUGAUUUACAAGGUAGUGACAUAGAUAUCAUGUGCGUCAUCAAAAGCUUAGACGUAGUACAGGAUGAAAGGAAUAUCAAACACCCAGUACAACGUAAAACAUUGCUUAUGGAGACAGAUACUGAUCAUCCGGGAUUUUGUAGACUCCGAUUGAUAGCAGGAGGGGAUGGAACAAAUAACUCAAUGACAUAUGAAUACGUUGAAAGCAAAGGUUUUUAUUUAUCAGUGAACGAAUUGGUUUGUAAUAUUAAUAAGAUGGUUCCAGAGUAUAAGCUAUCGCCACACGGCCCGUGUUUGUCAGAUCAAUUUCAGAUAUAUGAUUUUGCAUUCUGCCUUCGGUGUAAAUAUUUACCUUACAAUGCAAUGCCAUGGGCAUGGCGUUAUCGGCAACAAUGGCCACCCAAUUCCGUAAUUGACAAGAUUAAGAAACACGGAUGUUUGUUUGUUCCUAUCGGACCAAGAACUAUGCCAGAUUGUAAUAUUUUAUGGAGAUUAUCUUUCUCUGUGGCAGAAAAACUACUUGUUCAUUCGUUUAAUUUCAUUCAACUGGUAUGUUACUGUCUCCUGAAACUAACGUUAAAGCAUAUUGUUAACACGAAUAAACUUGCCGAAGGUUUGUUGUGUUCUUACUUUCUGAAGACGGCUUUGUUUUGGGUCUCAGAAGAAAUAGAUAUUGAUACCUUUCAACUGUCAAAACUAUUUUUUUGCUUUUCGAAAUGCCUCGAUAAAUUGUUAUUAUGGGUAAAGAAGUGUUACUGCCCGAACUAUUUUAUACCCGAAAACAACAUGUUCCUAGGAAAGGUAAACUCAGAUAACAAUACAAUACUGCUAAAUAUUUUGGAUGGCAUCAAAUGCGAUGGAAUUGACAGUCUAACAAACCAACUAUUUCCGUACAGCAGUAGAAGUCUUCGUGUACAAAGAACAAAAAGUGAAUCUGCGUUCAUUAAAUUAGACGUUCUCUUUUAUAGGAUAUUACGUUUUGAUUUUAUGGCAGACAUAUCAAAGUGUUUAAAGGCACUUAUGUUUACUGAAUCUUUAAUUAAGUCCCAAUGCUCUACAUUUAUAGUUGGUGUAUGUAAACAUCACCAUGCUGAAUUAAGUCAAUAUGUAGCACAGUUACUACCACCACCAUCAAUAAUGACUACACCAUACAUCAUACAAAAACGUUAUCAUAGACAUUUAAAAGACGGUACCAAGACUGAUGCUGUAUCUGGUUGGCUAUUAUACGCUUCGUUUUAUUAUGUAACUGGACAGUACAAAGUUACACUAAGACUAACGGAUUAUGUUUUGUCAAGAUGUUCCUCUGAUAUGUUAAUGUUAGACUUUAUUCACUACAGUGAAGAAUAUAUGGACAUUAUGAAUAACUACAGAAAAAAUGUAUAUUCUACAAUGACACUGAAUGAAAGGAUGCGAAAAGCUACUGUAGCUAAUGUUCAUUACUUUCAAAAUUCAUCGUUAAUACCAAUGGAACUACAGCUGGAAGUGAAUGACGAUGACAUUUUUAUACCGCCUACUGUUAUGUCUCACUAUCUUAGAUUUAUGUGCUAUCAUCAUUUUGGUGACAUUUUUAACAGACAACAAGCGUUACACGAUUUGAACUUAUCUUUAGACGGUACACAUUUUGUUUCAACGAACACCUUAUCUAAUUCAUUAACAAUACUUGGAGUAUGUUAUGAGAUAUUUGGUGAUAAGGAUGCAGCAUAUCAGUGUUAUGAUGAGGCUUUGCAAUGUGAUGGUUUAAUAUGUCUUUCUGCACAGGUGCGAAAAUCAAAACUUCUAGAAAUUUAA